GGUCAUGGUCCAUAAUAGUUAAAUAUUUGUUUUUUAUCCAAAACAUACGCCUUUUGGUGACUUUGUCGUUGUAGAUUGUAGAUAAUUAUGAUUUUGGCUAUAUUAUAAGAUGAGUGAAAGCGGGACUUUAAUUUUGCUUUUUGGGCCGAUCGUGAUGUGACGUCACUACGGAUGCUCCGCGGACGGUUGGUUCAUCAGUCUGAGGAAGAAAGCGAGAAAUUUUAUUUCCUAUUGCCAUAUUACAUUUUUUUUUAAAUAAUACUUGCUCUGCAGCUUGGUGCUGAUGCAGGAAAGUUGGGUGCGACUGCACCAAAUGCAAAUUUGAAAAUGGGAGUAACAUACUCACAAAUUUACAUUACCAACUGCUGUUAGACCUCUGAAUGAUGAGAAGCACAAGUGCUUGGAUUUCAUGUCAUUGGUCGAUUUUCUACCAUCAUGCCAAAUGGUUCUUAUUGCAAAACUACAUUGAGCUGGCCCAGCUAGUGUUGUGAAAUCAGAAUAAAGGGGCAGUCGCACUACACUUUUCGAUCCAUUGACUUAAGCUUUGAAUUUCGGUCUCAAAUCCCACGGAGGACCUUCGGAAGUAUUAAAGGAGGAGUGAUGAUGAGAGGACCAGGGUCUCGUAUCCUUCUACCUUGAACUUAAACCUUGUAAAAGUGGUGCCGAAACCCAGAAAGAUUGAGGUGGGUACCGGCGAACGUUCAACAUAAUUUUAAUCACAAAAUAACAUAAACAAUAAAAUGAAAGUAAAGUGGAAGCUCCUCACGGACAACUGCCGCAUGUACUAAAACAAAAGGACAACAUAAAGAUCAAGCAUGGUCCUCUCUUGUCUUCCACUGUCAUCAGUCCUCCUUUUAUCCUUCCGGAGCUCCUUCGUGGGACUCGAGACCGGUGUGGAGCACAGGUGAUGCUCAUUAACACUCGCGCCACCGAACUCGCUCCAUUCCCACUGCUCUCGGCCCUGCCCUGCUUGCCACAAUUUCUAUGACAUACAAGCUGGCAAGGACGCUACCUGCAGACGUGGACCAAGGAGAUGCAAGUGUAAAGACAGUAACAUCUGCGCUCCCUCUGAAUAACACAAUGCUAGGCCUCAUAAACACAGAUAACUUCCUCAGGUGGGGAGAAUCCACCCACAGGUAUUGCAGCAGAUCUGGGAGAAAUUAGGAAGGAUUGACGAAGUUGGUAAGGUAAGGGUACGGUACAUCCAUUAGUGAUUCAUGAGGGGGGUACACAGCAUUCACCCUAAGUGCCAUAAGUAACAAUGUCAUUUGGCUGCAUGUUAACAGGUGGCGGAAUAAAAAAAGGAUUUGGUUAUUUAUUUUUACAGGUUUGGUCCUGUAGUCCUCCAUGCCACACAGCAAAUCAUACAACACAAUAUGGAGUGAAGCCACUCCCACAGCAGUUCACCAAUAAUUGUUGGAAGCAUUCCCAUCAAAGGGGCCAAUUUGGUUCAAGCCAGCAAGAAUCAAGUCUGCUGUAACAACACAUUCUACGUGACACUGUCGUAAAGAUGGAAUUUGUCGAAGAGAGUGGAGACAUCAGUGAUGCUGAAUCAUGCAGAAUGAAUGAUGAAGAUGUGGAAGAACAAAGAGAACUGAUGGAAUCGAAUGAGGAAAAUCAAACACAGAAUGAAAUGGAGAAUCAGGAAUCGCCCAAUUUCAAAUAUGGAAAAAUCACUAUUUCUUUACAAACAGAUGGGGGUUUCAAUCAAGAAGCCACAAAUUCUUUCACAUGCCACCAUUGUGGAAAGACUUUCUCCCGAAAAGGACACCUGAAGUAUCACAUAAGAGUCCACACCGGUGAGAGGCCUUACAAAUGUUCUCGGUGUGAGAAGACUUUCACACAAAAAGGUCACCUUGGGGCUCAUAUAAUAACUCACACUGGUGAGAGGCCAUUCACGUGCCCUCAGUGUGGAAAGGGUUUCACAAGUAAAGGAAACCUCAACGUUCACAUUAAAAUUCACACCCAAGAUAGGCCUUUUACGUGCCCGCAGUGUGGAAAGACUUACACGUGUAAUGGACACCUUAAGGACCACUUACGAAGUCACAAUGGUGAGAGGCCUUUUACAUGCCCUCAAUGUGGAAAGAGUUUCGCACGGAAAGGAAACCUUAAUAUUCACAUUAGAAGUCACACCAAAGAGAGGCUUUACACAUGCCCCCAGUGUGGAAAGAGUUUCAUAUAUAAAGGUCACCUUAAGGAACACAUAGGAAUUCACACUGGUGAGAGGCCUUUUGCAUGUCCUCAAUGUGGAAAGUGUUUCACACGUAAAGGAAGUCUUAAUGUUCACAUGAAAGUUCACACUAGAGAUAGUCUUUACAAUUGCCCUCAGUGUGAAAAGACUUUCCAAACUAAAGGACAUCUUGAUGGUCACAUAAGAAUUCACACUGGAGAGAAGCCGUUCACAUGCCCUCAAUGUGAGAGAAGCUUCACUCAACGAAGACUUCUGAAGCAUCACAUAAGAAUUCACACAGGUUGAGAGGCCUUUCUCAUGCCAUCUUUGUGGUAAAGGUUUCACACAGGCGCAAAUUCUCAAAUUUCACCUGCAGUUUCACUCUGGAGAAAAGCCAUUUGGCUGUGAUGAGUGUCGUAAAACGUUUGUUUUGGAGUCACUGCUGAAAAAGCACCUGAAAAGGCAUUCAAAUUAGCAGCCUUAUUCAUGCUCUGUUUGCGGGAAAAGUUUCCUAUUUCUUGACUAUUGUAAACAGCACCAGAAAAUUCAUAGCGAUGUGAAGUCCCGUGUGUGCUAUGAGUGUGGAAAUUCCAUCAUAAGAACAAGAGACUUGAAGCGGCACAAAAGAAUCCAUACUGGAGAAAAACCUUUUCAAGUGCUCACAUUGUGGAAAGGGGUUCACUGAGUCUGGAAACCUGACAAGUCCACAAUGGAGAGAAGCCGUACCACUGCCAUUCAUGUGGGAGGAGAUUUAGACAAUCACGUAUCUACAUCUACUGGCUGAUAUAGAAAAGCGCUGUCCGCAAGUGGUCACAGUGACCAACCUUCAGGAUUCAGUUGCAAGCACAUUGUGUAAGAUUUAGAUGUACCCGACAAUGGAAUCCGUCAAACAGUAGGAUUAAGGCCUGUUCACACCAAUUCAGAUGUUUGGUGCGAUAAACAUUUUAAUUAGAAUGAACGGCUGUUAAUGCAUCUGUUCAGACCAACAUGAACAUUCCCAAGCUGUCAAUGCAACAUUUUUUUUAUGGAGAGGUGUUCUUAUUCUUUUUCAUUGUACUGCAAAGAAGCUGGUGAAGAAACCUCCCUUUAUUGCUUCACCCCCAAAAUAACAAGCACGCUACGGAACACAUGUAGUAUCAGCUGAGAUUCAACAACAGCAUAUCUUGGUUCUGUGAAACAGCAAAAACCAAUGUUACUACCGUAUCGAGUAGAAACAAAGCAACCUCAGCAUUUCCCACUCUCUAACGUCUCUCCAGAACUGGAACGCUUUUCCAAUAUUAACAUGGGUCCUAGCUCUUGCCUGAUCGAAACCCUUCUUUUUCAAAUUAUAUUCCUCUGACCUUUACUCUUUGGUAAUAUCUCCGCCAUCUCUCUUUCUAAAGUUUUUCUACAUAUGUCCUGCUUGCUCACUCUUUCUCCUCCCCCAUCAUGAAUGGACACAACCCCUAUUUAAGCAUCAUGAGCGUUUACGUCCCCUAUUUGAGCAUAAUGAACAUAUACGCCCCAUUUGAGCAUAAUGAGCGUGUACACACCCACAAUUUGAGUAUCAUGAAUUGAUAUAACCCCUAUUUGAUUUGAGCAUCAUGAGUGUUUGUCCCAUAUUUGAGCAUCAUGAGCGUAUACACCCCCUAUUUGAGCAUCAUGAGCGAAUAUGCCCCUAUUUGAGCACCAUGAUUGCAUGCACGCCCCGAUUUGACCAUCAUGAGUAGAUACGUCUCCUAUUUGAGCAUCAUGCGCAUAUACACACCCCUAUUUGAGGAUCAUGUGUGUAUACGCCCCCUAUUUGAGCAUCAUGAGCGCAUACACACUCCUAUUUGAGCAUCAUGAGUGGAUACACCCCAAUUUGAGCAUCAUGAGCAUUUACAUCGCCUAUUUGAGCAUAAUGAACAUAUACGCCCCAUUUGAGCAUAAUGAGCGCGUAAACACCCACAAUUUGAGUAUCAUGAAUUGAUAUAACCCCUAUUUGAUUUGAGCAUCAUGAGUGUUUGUCCCAUAUUUGAGCAUCAUGAGCGAAUACACCCCCUAUUUGACCAUCAUGAGUAGAUACGCCUCCUAUUUGAGCAUGAUGAGCAUAUACACACCCCUAUUUGAGCAUCACGAGUGUAUACGCCCCCUAUUUGAACAUCAUGAGCAGAUACACCCCCUAUUUAAGCAUCAUGAGCUGAUACGCCGCUAUUUGAGUAUCAUGAGCGAAUAUGCCCCUAUUUGAGCACCAUGAUCGCAUACACGCCCCGAUUUGACCAUCAUGAGUAGAUACGUCUCCUAUUUGAGCAUCAUGAGCAUAUACACACCCCUAUUUGAGCAUCAUGAGCAUAUACACACCCCUAUUUGAGCAUCAUGAGUGGAUACGCCCCCUAUUUGAGCACCAUGAGCGCAUACACACUCCUAUUUGAGCAUCAUGAGCGCAUACACACUCCUAUUUGAGCAUCAUGAGUGGAUACGCCCCUAUUUGAGCAUCAUGAGUGGAUACGCCCCUAUUUGAGCAUCAUGAGCGCAUACACACUCCUAUUUGAGCAUCAUGAGUGGAUACGCCCCUAUUUGAGCAUCAUGAGUGGAUACGCCCCUAUUUGAGCAUCAUGAGCGUUUACACACUCCUAUUUGAGCAUCAUGAGUGGAUACGCCCCUAUUUGAGCAUCAUGAGCGCAUACACACUCCUAUUUGAGCAUCAUGAGUGGAUACGCCCCUAUUUGAGCAUCAUGAGCGCAUACACACUCCUAUUUGAGCAUCAUGAGUGGAUACGUCUCCUAUUUGAGCAUCAUGAGCAUAUACACACCCCUAUUUGAGCAUCAUGAGUGUAUACGCCCCCUAUUUGAGCACCAUGAGCGCAUACACACUCCUAUUUGAGCAUCAUGAGUGGAUACGCCCCUAUUUGAGCAUCAUGAGUGGAUACGCCCCUAUUUGAGCAUCAUGAGCGCAUACACACUCCUAUUUGAGCAUCAUGAGUGGAUACGCCCCUAUUUGAGCAUCAUGAGCGCAUACACACUCCUAUUUGAGCAUCAUGAGUGGAUACGCCCCUAUGUGAGCAUCAUGAGCGCAUACACACUCCUAUUUGAGCAUCAUGACUGGAUACGCCCCUAUUUGAGCAUCAUGAGCGCAUACACACUCCUAUUUGAGCAUCAUGAGUGGAUACGCCCCUAUUUGAGCAUCAUGAGCGCAUACACACUCCUAUUUGAGCAUCAUGAGUGGAUACGCCCCUAUUUGAGCAUAAUGAGCGCGUACACACCCACUAUUUGAGCAUCAUGAAUUGAUAUAACCCCUGUUUGAUUUGAGCAUCAUGAGUGUUUGUCCCAUAUUUGAAUAUCAUGAGCGUAUACACCCCCUAUUUAAGCAUCAUGAGCUGAUACGCCCCUAUUUGAGUAUCAUGAGCGAAUAUGCCCCUAUUUGAGCACCAUGAUCGCAUACACGCCCCAUUUGACCAUCAUGAGUAGAUACGCCUCCUAUUUGAGCAUCAUGAGCGCAUAUAGGCCCACUAUUUGAGCACCAUGAGUGCAUAUGGCAAGCCGUUUUAACAUUUAACAGCUAGACUGGAUAUGCGUUGCGGAUAUCUGCAUUUCAGUUUUGCCUCGUCGAAAAGAGCAUUUCGGAUGUCCGCAACUACGUUCUUCCUAUCCGUAAUUGUCAUUUCAGAUAUCCACAAAGACAUUCUUCCUAGGACAAAUGAUGUCACUUUUGCCAUUCAUUUGUAUGGGGUUUAUCAUUACAGAUAUCUACAAUUCAGUUGCAGAUAUCCACUAUGUGAAUUACGGAUAUCUGUAACUGGAUUGUAGAUAUCUGUAAUUCCAGUUUGAGAUAUCUACAAUUUGAUUCUGACUAGUCACAACUCCAGUUCAAGAUAUCUUUAAUUCAACUCAAUUCAAGAUAUCUACAUGUUCCUUUUCAGAUAUCUCAAAUUAAGUUUUGACUAGGCGAAAUGACGUUGUAGAUAUCUGUAACCGGAGUUACGACUAGUCAAAAUGACGUUGUAGAUAUCUCGAACUGGAGUUAGGGAUAGUCAUAAUUUAACUGUAGAUAUCUAUUAUCAAGUUAUGGAUAUCUUGAAAUGAAUUUUGAUUAGAGAUAUCUGAAAUUUGAGAUAUCUGUAACUUUCGUUCCGCCUAGUCAAAAUGUAAUUGCAGAUAUCUCGAAUUAGAGUUUUGACUAGGCGAAAUGACGUUGCAGAUAUCUUUAUGCAAAUCAGGCCGGCACUUUUAGGCGGGAGCAGAGCGUGUUGUUGUUCUAAUCAUUCAAAUCGCACCCGUUAACUGGUAAUUAGCACUGAUUGGCACCAUGCCAUAAUCACUAGUCAUAAUGACGUUUGAGAUAUCUUUAACCUUCAUUCUGCCUAGGCAAAACUGAAUUACGGAUAUCUGCAAUUGUCAUUUAAGAUGUGUGACGAGUUGAAUGUCGUUUUCAAUGACGUCAUUGCAGAUAUCUGUAAUUCAGUUUUGCCUAGUCAAAACUGCAUUACAGAUAUCUCUAUCUGUCGUUUCGACUAGUCACAAUUACGUUACAGAUAUCUCGAAUGACAAUUCCAACUAUCCAAAAUGUAAUUACGACUAGUCAGAAAGACGUUGGUGAUAUCUACAACGUUAAUUCCGAAUAGUCGAACUUAACUUUUAAAUGUUAAAACGGCUUGCCAUACGCAUACACACUCCUAUUUGAGCAUCAUGAGCAUAUACACACCCCUAUUUGAGCAUCAUGAGUGGAUACGCCCCCUAUUUGAGCACCAUGAGCGCAUACACACUCCUAUUUGAGCAUCAUGAGUGGAUACACCCCAAUUUGAGCAUCAUGAGCGCAUACACACUCCUAUUUGAGCAUCAUGAGUGGAUACGCCCCUAUUUGAGCAUCAUGAGCGCAUACACACUCCUAUUUGAGCAUCAUGAGUGGAUACGUCUCCUAUUUGAGCAUCAUGAGCAUAUACACACCCCUAUUUGAGCAUCAUGAGUGUAUACGCCCCCUAUUUGAGCACCAUGAGCGCAUACACACUCCUAUUUGAGCAUCAUGAGUGGAUACACCCCAAUUUGAGCAUCAUGAGCGCAUACACACUCCUAUUUGAGCAUCAUGAGUGGAUACGUCUCCUAUUUGAGCAUCAUGAGUGGAUACGCCCCCUAUUUGAGCACCAUGAGCGCAUACACACUCCUAUUUGAGCAUCAUGAGUGGAUACACCCCAAUUUGAGCAUCAUGAGCGCAUACACACUCCUAUUUGAGCAUCAUGAGUGGAUACGUCUCCUAUUUGAGCAUCAUGAGCGCAUACACACUCCUAUUUGAGCAUCAUGAGUGGAUACGUCUCCUAUUUGAGCAUCAUGAGCAUAUACACACCCCUAUUUGAGCAUCAUGAGUGUAUACGCCCCCUAUUUGAGCACCAUGAGCGCAUACACACUCCUAUUUGAGCAUCAUGAGUGGAUACACCCCAAUUUGAGCAUCAUGAGCGCAUACACACUCCUAUUUGAGCAUCAUGAGUGGAUACGCCCCUAUUUGAGCAUCAUGAGCGCAUACACACUCCUAUUUGAGCAUCAUGAGUGGAUACGCCCCUAUUUGAGCAUCAUGAGCGUUUACAUCCCCUAUUUGAGCAUAAUGAGCGCGUACACACCCACUAUUUGAGCAUCAUGAAUUGAUAUAACCCCUGUUUGAUUUGAGCAUCAUGAGUGUUUGUCCCAUAUUUGAAUAUCAUGAGCGUAUACACCCCCUAUUUAAGCAUCAUGAGCUGAUACGCCCCUAUUUGAGUAUCAUGAGCGAAUAUGCCCCUAUUUGAGCACCAUGAUCGCAUGCACGCCCCAUUUGACCAUCAUGAGUAGAUACGCCUCCUAUUUGAGCAUCAUGAGCGCAUAUAGGCCCACUAUUUGAGCACCAUGAGUGCAUACACACUCCUAUUUGAGCAUCACAAGUGGAUACACCUCUAUUUGAGCAUCAUGAGUGCAUACGCCCCCUAUUUGAGCAUCAUGAGUGCAUACGCCCCCUAUUUGAGCAUCAUGAGCGGAUACAUCCCCUUUUGAUGAUUAGCUACAAGAAUGUUUUAGUGCUAUGUGGAUCAUUCCGAUCCAAUUAGUUUUUUCUCCGAUUUACACUGCCAGGACAAUGUACAAACACAAUAUUUUUUUCAGCACACACACACACACACACACACACACACACACACACACACAACAGACAUCUAGCAAAUAUUCACAAAAUUAUUUGUUUAAGUGUUGAUUUAAAUGUUCAGUUUCUUGGAAAUUGUUUUCUGCAUAUUUAAAAUAUCUGCAUUUUUGGUCACAGUUCCAGAGCAACUGCUGUUACAUAAAUGAAUUUAUUUAUUUUUUAUUGAUGUAUUUGUUUCAGUGCCGUGUACACAUUUGUCCAAAUAAAACACAAUCCUUGAAAUGUGAA